AUGGGGGAGAAGCAGGACGCGGCGGAGCGCUUGCGGAGGAGGCAGAGGUUUGGUUCAAGCGGACGUGGGGGGGGGGUCUUUCGUGAGUCAGAUGGGCUGGGUACUGCGCCCUGGUUCCCCAAGAACACAGAGCUGCUAGGGUCCCUGUCCCAGCUGCCCGGAUUUACCCUGGCGGUGCCGCAUUCGGUGUCGGUGCAGGAGGGUCUCUGUGUUCUCAUCACCUGCACCUUCACGUAUCCAGCCUCGUACGACACCUACAAUUCCUGGGCCCGGCUCUACAGAUACUGGUACAAAGAUCCGGCCGAUGUGGACCAGAAUCCGCCCGUGGCAAGCAGUGACCCCGACCGGGGGGUAUCGCAGGAGACCCAGGGCCGGUUCCGGCUGGCGGAGAAUCCGGCGCCCGGCGACUGCUCCCUGCAAAUCAGCGACGCCCGACGGACGGAUGAGGGGAGAUAUUUCCUUCGAGUCGAGAAAGGAACAUUGAAAUACAAUUACCGCUUCUUUACGCUCACGAUCUCCGUGCCAGGGCUGACGGAGGAGCCAGAGAUCCAGAUCUCGCCGGCGCAGAGGGUGCGAGGAACACUGCUGGCCCAGGAGCCGGUGAAUGUGACCUGCACGGCCCCUGGGCGCUGCUCCGGGCUCCCUCCCCGAGUCACCUGGACGGGGCCGUUCAGCGACACAGCCCGGGAUGUCUCAGCCCCGCUGGCAAACGGCACCUGGGCCCACAGCUCCGAGCUCAGCUUCACACCCACCCAGGGGGACCACGGCAAAGAGCUCGUCUGCACCGUCACCUACAGCUCAGCACAGGGACCUUCCACCCGCAGAACCAUCCAGCUCCACAUCGGCUAUCCAGGCAGAGGGGAAAUCAGCGGCCGCCUUUGCAACAUGAAGGAUCAAAUCAGGCAUCUGUACCCGCCCGGGCCCCCCAACACCACCGGGAACCUGACCAGGAACGGAAGCCCCGUGCUGGAAGUGUCAGGAGCUGAGGGUGACAUCGUGUCUCUGGAGGCCCAGGAGGGCGACUCCCUGAGCCUGAGCUGUGAGGCUGGGAGCAGACCCGAGGCCACCCUGAGCUGGGCCAAGGGGAACGAGUCCCUCAGCCCCGGCCAGGGAGGGGCCGGGCGCCUGGAGCUGCCGAAUCUCAGCAGAGGGGACGCUGGGGAGUAUCGGUGCUGGGCGAAGAAUUCCUACGGGUCGGCCAGCCGGGCCCUGCGUGUGCAUGUGCAGUAUCCCAGCACCCCGGUGGGGAACGGGUCACAGCUCACGGCCCAGGAGGGCGACUCCCUGCGGUUCCUCUGCUCUGUCACCAGCAGCCCCCCCGCUGUGCUGGGCUGGGUGAGGGGGGGCCGAGCCAUCAAGGGAGCCCACCUCGCAGGGGAGAAUCAGCUGCGGCUGGAGCUGCCCAACGUGACGGCCGAGGACGGGGGGCUGUACGGGUGCUGGGCCCAGAGAAAGGAGAGCUCUGCCCAGGGGACAUUCCAACUGCUCGUCGAGUACAGCCCCCGGCCGGGGACCGGGCUGAACUCGUCCUGCCAGCGCCAGGGGCCCAGCAUCAGCUGCAGCUGCUCCCUGCGCUCCCACCCCCCACCCCGGCUCCAGUGGCAGGUGGACGGGGAGCCCCUGGCUGGGAACGGCUCAUGGGGGGCCCUGCAGGUCAGCUCCUGGGCCCAGGGGGACGAGGCCGUCAGCACCCUGAGCUGGACGGGGAGCGGGGACAGGAGCCCCCGGAUCUUCUGCCUUGGCUCCAACCCCCACGGAACCUACGCCGCCCUGCACUUUGAACUCAGCCCCCCGCAGAGAGGUGCGGAGGAGCCUGGCAAGCUGCUGGGCAUCGGGAUGGCCUGUGGGCUGGGGGUCGCAGUUGGCUUCUUCCUUCUCGGGCUCUGUGUGAUCAAGCUGCGGGGCCGGGAGCCGGCACCCCCCAGCACUGAGGCCGGGGAGAUGGCUAAUGGGAGCCAGGCCGAGCACACGGCCGAUGACGCCAGCCUGAUCUACAGUAACGUCCCCACCAUGCCCAUGGAUCACAAGACUCCAGCCACCCACCGGACCAAAGGCAUCCAGGACAGGGCUGCAGCAGCCCAGGCCCCGCUAGGCCCCGGGGAGCCGGAGGAGCUGCACUACGCCUCCAUCGACUUCUCCAAGCUGCAGCGCAAAGGGGCGGAGCCUCCAGAGGCCCCCGCCACGGAAUAUUCCGAGGUCCGGCGGAAAUAG